CGAGCGGUCUCUGCUGCUGCUGCUCGGGACAAAACCGCACGCAGCUGCUUUCAUUUCUCCAGUGCUCGAUCAGGAGGGGAGCUCGCACUGCUCGCUGCAGGGAUAUCACCUCUGAUGGACUUGAUCUAGGACGAGAAUACACAUACUGUUUCUUCUCUUUAUGACCACUUAGGCGAUAGUUACAAGUGCCGUUUUGUGGAAAACAAACUUGUAAAUCCGUCUUCUCCGCCACCGGUUUUAAUGUGUUUUAUGUGUUUGCGCUCAACAGUGAGGUAGACUUAUUCGGACACGUUUUACAGGAGUCUCGGCGUUUGAUUUAUCCCGUGGAUGCGGCUGUCGGGGUCGGUGUCUGAGCCCUGCAGGAUCAGCCUGUCAUAGGGCAACAUGGUUUCUCUGCUUCUUCACAAGUGGAUGAGGAAUAUUUCUCCGGAGAUGCUGCUGUUGGUGCCGAUAUUGUGGUUUUUACCUGUGAUCGGAGCGGCUCCUUCUCUGACUACCGAGCAGCUGGACAUGGGGGUGGACUGGCUGAGCAGGUUUGGCUACCUCCCACCCCCUGACCCAGUGACUGGGCAGCUUCAGACCAAGGAGGCCCUGACCAAGGCCAUCAAAGCCAUGCAGAAGUUUGGAGGGCUGAAGGAGACCGGAGUCUUAGACCAAGCUACACUGGGUCUAAUGAAAACGCCAAGAUGUUCUCUGCCAGAUGUGUCUGAUGCUGAGGUGACAAUGGGCCGCAGGAAACGAAGCCUCUCCCCUCAGAACAAAUGGAAUAAGAGGCAUCUAUCCUGGAGAGUGAGGACCUUCCCUAAGGAUUCGGCCUUACUGGGCAGGGACACUGUUCGAGCCCUGAUGUACUACGCCUUGAAGGUCUGGAGCGACAUCGCGCCACUUAACUUCCACGAGGUGGCCGGCAGUGAUGCCGACAUUCAAAUCGACUUCACUAAGGCCGACCAUAACGAUGGAUAUCCCUUUGACGGGCCAGGGGGCACCGUGGCGCACGCUUUUUUCCCUGGAGAGAGAUUCACCGCUGGGGAUACACACUUUGAUGAUGAUGAGGCGUGGACCUUCAGAUCACCAGACUCCCACGGGAUGGAUCUGUUUGCGGUUGCAGUCCAUGAGUUUGGACACGCCAUUGGCCUGGUCCACACCUCAGCCAUGGAGUCCAUCAUGAGACCAUACUACCAGGGUCCCGUAGGAGACCCUCUGAAAUACGACCUACCUUAUGAAGACAAGGUCCGCGUCUGGCAGCUCUACGGUGUCAGAGACUCAGUGUCCCACACAAACCGACCAGGAAGCCCAUCCCAGACGGCAGAGCCUCCUGUCCUGCUCGACCUUCCUGAAAACAGAUCCACUGUCCUGCUGGCGCGAGAUGCCCCAGACAGAUGCUCCAGUCACUUUGAUGCAGUGGCCCAGAUACGAGGAGAGGCCUUCUUUUUCAAAGGGAAGUACUUUUGGAGACUAACCCGUGAGAAGCACCUGGUGUCUCUGCGUCCUGCUCAAAUCCAUCGCUUCUGGAGGGGCCUCCCAACAAAUCUGGACAGUGUGGAUGCUGUGUAUGAGAGGCCUGGGGACCACAAAAUAGUCUUUUUCAAAGGUCUGAAGUACUGGGUGUUUAAAGACAAUAUCGUGGAAGAAGGUUACCCUCGUCCAAUCAGUGACUUUGGCCUGCCCUUGGAAGGAGUGGAUGCAGCUUUUGUUUGGCUACACAACGACAAAACCUACUUCUUCAAGGACAACCACUACUGGCGCUAUGAUGACCACCUGAGGCGAAUGGACCUGGGCUACCCUAAAGACAGCACGCUUUGGAAGGGCCUGCCGUCACAACUAGACGAUGCCAUGAGGUGGUCGGAUGGCUCGUCCUAUUUUUUCAAGGGGAAGGAGUACUGGCGAGUGCCAGGCAGCGACAUGGAGGUGGAGGCGGGAUACCCCCGACUCAUCGCUAAGGACUGGCUGCUGUGCACCGAAAUGCAGUCGGACUCUCCGGACACAGAGCCCAAAAGCACGGAGACGAGAGUCAAUGUGCACCAUCACCCAGACCACGCAGAGAAUGGGUACGAGGUGUGCUCCUGCACCUCUGACACAGCCUCGCCUUUGGGCGCUCGCCCCUCCCUGUCUCCCAUCUGGCUGCUGCCGUCUCUCUGGACGCUCUCACUGGCCCUCCGCUCUGAACUGCUAUGAUGCCAAAGCAUGGGACAAAGUUCCUGAGCUUAUUGGUGGAGGGCCAGUGGACAGAGUUAAACCAAGGACUGGAAAAUUUUGUUCUUAUUCUAUACUUUGGUAUCUUUUUGCUCUAAUUUUGAUGUUAUUUAUUUUGUGUCACUUGGUGGGCACUGCCAACUAAAGUACUCCUUCCAGGCAUCAGCCCUCUCACAAUGCUUUAUUAAAAUUCAAAUUGCCUCAUCUCUUCAAGGAAAAGGGGCAAGUAUUUCUACUCAUGGCCAGCAAGUUUGCAGCAGCAAUGCCUUUAGACAGAUGAAACGCAUCCUGGGUUAUAGGCAGGUGCAAAGGUGAACAACACACCAACACAUAGACUGUUGCCUAUUUUACAGUAUUACAACUGGUAUUUUAUUACAAGGUGGUUUCACCAAAAUUUGCACAAAAUCCAAUUUUCACACUUACCUCUAGUGCAGGGGUCAGUAACCCGCGGCUCCAGAGCCGCAUGUGGCUCUUUCAUCCCUCUGCUGUGGCCCCCUGUGACUUUGGAAAAUAAAUAAUAGAUAUAGUAUUUCAUUUAAAUGUAUUUUUAAAUCGUUCGUUUUUAAAUGUAAUUCUAAAUUUGAAGAUUAUGAUGAUCUUUUAACAUUAAAUAAAAAGUUUUUAAUUUUUUGUCGCUCAAAAUAUGCAUCACAACCGCCGAUGUGCGACACCCGGCGGCAAGAUUUAUUGAGCUUUUUGACCCCCGGUAGGUAAACGAUGGAUAAAUCCAAGAAAAGUUUCACGGACAACAGCUUACAGUCCUGAUGUGCACACCCUGUGCGCUGAGGUUCUGGAGCAAAAAUCACAUUAACCUGAUAAAAUAAAUAUUUUAAUUGGAAAUUUUAAAAAUAUAUAUAUAUUAUUUUGCAAAUAUAUAUUUCACAUUGUUAAGUGAAAUAGACCUUUUUUGUUCAGGUUGACAACUGACUGCAUGCUCCAGUACAUGCGAUAAAAUGAUGAUGGAGCACAGCACGGUGUUUUUAGUUCGCUGCAGGUGGCUAAUUUAAGUUUGGAUUUUUAUUUAAUAAAUAUGAGGAGGACUCAAAUAGAGACUGAGUAUUUUAUUUGAAAGUAAGCAUCAACCAAGUUCGA